CUGACUAGAAAACAUGUUCAGGAAAAAUGACAUCGAUAGCACGCGUUUGUUACUUGUGUUCAGCACUGACGAGCUAAAAAAAAAAAAGUCCUAGCUAGCGACAUUUUAGCUAUCAAAUGAUGCGAUAACUAGAACUGCAGUUUGUAGUUUUUUUUUUUUUUAAAAAAGGCCUAAAAUAUAACGACAGAUACAUCGGAGCUGUUCUUACAAAUACAGCAACAGUCGGUCAUUUACUAACGUUACAUCUUUUUAUUUUGUGAAGUGCUUAUAAUUCUACAGCAAACAGAUUUGGGAUUUUUCAAUGCGAAUUCAAGCCGGUUUUAUUUGUUUCUGUCAGUUCUUUAUAUUACCAGAUAUGUCUAUGUUUUCCCAGCACUGAUUUUUGAUUGAUAUGAAUCAGUGUUUACACCAGCACUGACCAUUAAACCACACGGACAUUACAGAGACGUCUAUUUGACAUCUGCAAGACCUAUUUUUUAGUGUUUGCUCAUCUGCCAUACAUCUAUAGGACGUUUCCUAUCAGCUGUUAAUUAGACGUUUAUUAGAUGUCUUGAAGAUGUUUAUGAUUUAGAAUGAAUGUAAAACAGAGACCUGUCAGAGGUUCAGGAUGGCAUCGGCGAUGAUCUCGGUGCCCACCACGGCGUCCCGCUUCGCUCUGCUGCAGGUCGACUCGGAUUCGGAGUCUGAUUCGGAUGCGGGGAAACCGAAGGCGGGUCGUGGAGCAGGGAAGCCCCGCUCGGGGAAAUCUCCCAGCGGGAAGACCAACCAAAAUAAUGACAAAAAGAAAGAGAAGAGAAGACGAAAGAAGGAGCAGCAGCAGAGUGAAGCCAAUGAGCUCAGAAGUCUUGCUUUUAAGAAGAUCCCUCAGAAGUCAACAGCACCUCCCUCCACGCUGACGCUGCAGGAUUCGGCCAAUGAUCUGAUCCCCCCGGCGGCGGUCCAGCGCGGCUCCAAGCCCCAGGAGAGCUGGCAGGAGUGGAAACAGAGAGAUGAACAGCUGACCAGUGACUUGUAUGAGGCGGAUCUGGAGAAGGCCUUGAUGCUCAGUAAACUGGAAUUUGAGCAGCAUAAAAAGGAUGCUGAAAGAACAGAGACGGCGUCACCAAAAGCAAAAGCAGGAGGAAAGAAGGACAGGAAAAAGAAUCAGCAGGGGAAGGACAAACAAGUGACUGUGUCUCUUAAAGACUUCCAGCAGGAGGGUGGCGUGGAUCAGCUGAACAAGAAGCCUGACAGAGAGCCUGUGAAUCCAGCGUUGCGUGACGACAAGUUUUUCAACCAGCUGGAGGAUGAUGUGAGCCAGAUCGUCCAGCGUGACAAGCGCAGAGAGCAGUACAGCAACAGCGCCAGCCACGAGGUCAACACCUCCUCAGAGCAGGAGCAGGAUGUGAGAACUGAGCAGUUAAAAUAUGAACUGGAAAAGAAAGACCAGGAAAUUAUAAAGUUGAAAAAGACUAUUUCACAAUGGGAGAUAAGAUAUAAGGAAGUGAAGGCCAGAAACGCUCAGCUGCUUAAAAUGCUUCAGCAGGGAGAGAUGAAGGACAAAGCUGAAAUUCUGCUGCAGGUGGAGGAGCUCCAGAACAUUAAAGAAGAGCUGUCCUCACAGGUGACACAAUUACACACAGCUCUGGAGCAAGAGAGGUCAAAAGUGAAGGGCUUGCAGUCAGAGCAACCGAAACAUCAGGGGAACCGGAAGGGUAAAAAAGCAUCAGACGGGGAUGUAUGAAGAUGCAUGUUAGAGGACAGACAGCUUGAAUGUUUCAGCUCCUUUGUCAAGCCGAUAAUGUCUUUAAUAUCUGUUCGAAACACCACACACACUCUCUUAACCAAACUACCACCGUCACACACACACUCCCGUUUAUUACUGCAUAGUUCUGUUAUCCUGAUCACAGUGAACAGAAGGUCUGCUUCUACUCUGUAGAAUAAAUCCUGUUCUCUGCACUGUGAAUCAAAGGCAUACAAUCCUGAGUUAUUUUCAAUAAAGAUGCUAAUCUACUUUU